GACGCCUUUUCCCGGUACCCCUCUCCCAGUCUGGGAUGCUGUCGGUCGGUCCCCGGGUUGUAUCUUUAAUAAGAUAAGAGAGCUGAGGCCGGAGAGGCGGAGUACCCCCAGGCCGCACAGCUGGUGAAGAGUCGAGGAGGGACUCGGGCCCGGGGCCCCUGCUCUUCUCCCCUGCUCAUCCCCUCUCCGCGCCCGAUCCAGGCUGUCGAGUCGGCACCGCCGCUCGGCCUCAGUGGUCCCACCCCUACACAGCCUCCCUCCCGGGCAUUCUGGAUCUCCCCUCCCCCGGAUCCCGGUUUCCUUGUCAAAACUUCCUGCCUUGGCGAGGGCCUGAGUUCCCACCCCCUUCCUGCCCCCCGCCCCUCCGCGCCCCUCCCCGCCCAGCGAUCCACAACUUUCGGCCACCCCGCCGUUCUCGCAGUCGUCCUGAGGCUCCACGCAGGGACCCUCGCCCUGUCCUCCUCCAGGCCCACCCCGGCGGUCCCCACCCCAGGCGGACGGCGAGAUAGGGUCCCGAGGCAGGUGACUCAGUGCCCUGCACUCCCAUGCACUCAGCCCAGAGGAACUUGGAGGCCAGCCCUGAGGAAUUCCUGCCUGAGGCCGGGAGAGCAGGCUCCAUAUCAUGAGCAACGGGAUCCCCCAGGACACUCUCUGGGCUCCUCAGGCCCCGGGGCCCAAGGGCCCUGUCGCCCUGCCCCUGGCUCACCUGAGUUUCUCAGGCCCCAGGAUGCCAUAGAGGCCUGAGACUUGGUCCUCCAGGUUUGUGGCUGCAGUGCCCCUCACCUGCUCCACACCUGGCCCUGUCACAGGCCUCAGCAAUGUCACCACCUCUGUGGGCCCUCUUUCUCCUGGCCCUGGGCCUGGAGCUGGCUGGAACCCUCAACCCCAAGGACCCCAACACCUGCAGCUUCUGGGAAAGCUUCACCACCACAACCAAGGAGUCGCACUCCCGCCCCUUCAGCCUGCUCCCCUCGGAGCCCUGUGACCGGCCCUGGGAGAGCCCGCACACCUGCCCCCGGCCCACGGUUGUCUACCGGACCGUGUACCGCCAGGUGGUGAAGACAGAGCACCGAAUGCGCCUGCAGUGCUGCCGGGGCUUCUAUGAGAGCAGUGGAGCCUGUGUCCCGCUUUGUGCUCGGGAGUGUGUUCAUGGCCGCUGCAUGGCACCCAAUCGGUGCCAAUGUGUACAAGACUGGCGGGGCGACGACUGCUCCAGUGCUUGUGCCCCGGGAGUUUGGGGGCCACAGUGUGACAAGCCCUGCAACUGCGGCAACAGCAGCUCCUGUGACCCCAAGAGUGGGGCAUGUUCCUGUCCCUCUGGGCUGCAGCCUCCACACUGCUUUCGGCCCUGCUCCCCUGGCCGCUAUGGCCCUGCCUGUCAGUUCAGCUGCCAGUGCCAUGGGGCACCUUGUGACCCCCAGACCGGAGCCUGCCUCUGCCCCCCAGAGAGAACUGGGCCCAGCUGCGACGUGUCCUGUUCACAGGACAAUGUUGGCUUCUCCUGCCCCAGCACCCCUCCUUGCCAAAACGGGGGUGUCUUCCAGGCCUCUCGGGGCUCCUGCAGCUGCCCACCUGGCUGGAUGGGCACCAUCUGUUCCCUGCCCUGCCCCGAGGGCUCCUAUGGACCCAACUGCUCCCGGGAAUGUCGCUGUCACAACGGAGGCCUCUGCGACCGGUUCACCGGGCAGUGUCGCUGCGCUCCGGGAUACACAGGGGAACGGUGCCGUGAGGAGUGCCCCGUGGGCCGCUUCGGGCAGGACUGUGCUGAGACUUGCGACUGCGCCACGGGCGCCCGCUGCUUCCCGGCCAACGGCGCGUGUCUGUGCGAACACGGCUUCACUGGGGACCGCUGCGCCGAACGUCUCUGCCCCGACGGCCUCUACGGCCUCAGCUGCCAGAUGCCCUGCACCUGCGACCCGGAACACAGUCUCAACUGCCACCCGAUGAGCGGGGAGUGCUCUUGCCUGCCGGGCUGGGCGGGCCUCCACUGCAACGAGAGCUGCCCGCAGGACACGCACGGGCCUGGCUGCCAGGAGCACUGCCUCUGCCUGCACGGCGGCGUCUGCCAGCCCGACAGCGGCCUCUGCCGGUGCGCGCCCGGCUACACGGGCCCGCAUUGCGCUAGCCUCUGUCCCCCUGACACCUAUGGAGUCAACUGCUCCGCACGCUGCUCCUGCGAAAAUGCCAUCGCCUGCUCGCCCAUCGACGGCGCCUGCGUCUGCAAGGAAGGUUGGCAGCAUGGUAACUGCUCUGUGCCCUGCCCGCCUGGAACCUGGGGCUUCGGUUGCAAUGCCAGCUGCCAGUGUGCCCACGAGGCAGCCUGCAGCCCCCAAACUGGAGCCUGUACCUGUACCCCUGGGUGGCACGGGACCCACUGCCAGCUCCCCUGCCUGAAGGGGCAUUUUGGUGAAGGCUGUGCCAGUCGCUGUGACUGUGACCAUUCUGAUGGCUGCGACCCUGUUCACGGACACUGCCAGUGCCAGGCUGGCUGGACAGGUACCCGCUGCCAGCUGCCCUGCCCUGAGGGCUUCUGGGGAGCCAACUGUAGCAACACCUGCACCUGCAAGAAUGGGGGCACCUGCACCCCUGAGAAUGGCAAUUGUGUGUGUGCACCUGGAUUCCGAGGCCCCUCCUGCCAGAGACCCUGUCAGCCCGGCCGCUACGGCAAACGCUGCGUGCCCUGCAAGUGUGCUAACCACUCCUCCUGCCACCCUUCGAAUGGGACCUGCUACUGCAUGGCUGGCUGGACAGGCCCUGACUGCUCCCAACCGUGCCCUCUAGGACACUGGGGGGCCAACUGUGCCCAGCUCUGCCAGUGUCGCCAUGGCGGGACCUGCCACCCCCAGCACGGGAGUUGUUUCUGCCCCCCAGGCCGGACUGGACGUCUCUGCUUGGAAGGCUGCUCUCCAGGGGUGUUCGGCGCCAAUUGUUCCCAACCAUGCCAGUGUGGUCCCGGAGAGAGGUGCCACCCAGAGACUGGGGCCUGUGUGUGUCCCCCAGGGCACAGUGGUGCCCCCUGCAGGAUUGGAAGCCAGGAGCCAUUCACGAUGAUGCCUACCUCUCCAGUGGCCUAUAACUCACUCGGGGCAGUGAUUGGCAUUGCAGUGCUGGGAUCCCUGGUGGUGGCCCUGGUGGCGCUGUUCAUUGGCUACCGCCAUUGGCAAAAAGGCAAGGAGCACCAGCACCUGGCAGUGGCCUACAGCAGCGGGCGACUGGACGGCUCUGAGUACGUCAUGCCAGAUGUCCCUCCGAGCUACAGUCACUACUACUCCAACCCCAGCUACCACACCCUGUCACAGUGCUCACCUAACCCCCCGCCCCCUAACAAGGUUCCAGGCAGUCAGCUCUUUGCCAGCCUCCAGGCCCCUGAGCGGCCAGGUGGAGCCCAUGGGCAUGAUAACCACGCCACACUGCCUGCUGACUGGAAGCAUCGCCGGGAACCCCCUCCAGGGCCUCUGGACAGGGGUAGCAGCCGCCUGGACCGAAGCUACAGCUGUAGCUACAGCAACAGGAAUGGCCCAGGCCCCUUCUACAGUAAAGGGCCCAUCUCUGAAGAGGGGCUGGGGGCCAGCGUGGCUUCCCUGAGCAGUGAGAACCCCUACGCCACCAUCCGGGACCUGCCCAGCCUCCUAGGGAGCCCCCGGGAGAGCAGCUACAUGGAGAUGAAAGGCCCUCCCUCAGGGUCUCCCCCCAGGCAGCCGCCUCAGCUCCGGGACAGCCAGAGGCGGCGGCGACACCCCCAGCCAGAGAGAGACAGUGGCACCUAUGAGCAGCCCAGCCCCCUGACCCAUGACCAAGACUCUGUGGGUUCCCAGCCCCCUCUGCCUCCGGGCCUGCCUCCUGGCCACUAUGACUCACCCAAGAACAGCCACAUCCCUGGACACUAUGACUUGCCUCCAGUACGGCAUCCCCCGUCACCCCCACUUCGACGCCAGGACCGUUGAGGGGCCAAGAUGGUGUGCAGAGGUCAGCACACCGGUUCUUUGCUGCUCAAGGCUGAGGACAGAGCCCGCUGUACCCUGCCAGGAGCAGGGAGAGGACUGGCCGGCCGUGAACACGAACAUGUUUAAUAGAGGAAGUGAAUGCAGAGGAGACGGGAGCCUGGCUCCCAGGUUCUACCAUGGGAAACAGUGGUCAGCAGGAAACCUGUGUUCCUUUUCCCCAACCCAUUGCUCCCCAAGGCCCCCAGGGCCCUGUAUACAUAAACUGGUGGGUUGAAUGUUGCUGGAUAACUCUGAUUUCAGAUUGCUGUAAGAAGUGUAUAUUGGGUAACUUUUCUGUGCACUCCCGGGCUAGGCUCUGUGUGUGCGUGCCUGCAUGUUUUCAGAGGGGUACCAGGCACUGAUCCUCUCCUGGGGCACUCACUAUAUAGUGGAGAGGCAGCCCAAACCCAGUUAACUCCAGAAAUAGCCUGACUGGCCUCCCUGCAUUCAUUUGGUACUCCCGACAACCAACUGCUUCAAAAUACAAGCUGGUUAGGUUACCCCUGCCUGAAAGUCUCUGUGGGUGCCCCAUGGCCCUUGGGCUACAGUCAAAAUUGUCCAAAGCCUUAAAGGCUUUGCUGGCCUGGCCUGCCUAUCUCUUCAGCUUCACUCUGAACUGUGUUCCCUGUCACUCUGCUCCAGUCACACUGGCCUCUACGUCCUCCUAUCAGCCACACGUCUUCCUACUACAGGGACUUGGCACAUCUGGAAUGCUCUUCCUCCCCCACUCACCUGUUAACUCCUGCUUGUCCUUCACACCCCGUGUUCUCUUUCACAGCACUGAUUACUGAUGUGUUCAUGCACCAGUUACCUGCAGAAGGCCUACAGGGUGCCAGGCAUCUCUGUAAUGUGUUGCUUUUUAGUGUGAUUAUUUGAUUAAUCUCUGCCUCCCCCACCAGACUCUAAGUUCCCUGAAAGCAGGAAUCCUGUGUUUAUGUUCAACAUUGGCUCCCCUUGGCACAUGGUAGGCACUCAAUAAAUGCUCCCCC